CUUAUUCUACAAUUCUUACUGAACGAUUUAUGUUAUGUCACUAAAAUUAAUUUUACACAUACAGUUCAUCCAAAGUGCAAGAUCAGUUCACUUAAGAUCACGUUCAUAAAUUCAAAUUUUACGGCGCGAUAGCGAACACGUUUAAAAUGUGUCUUCUUUAUACAAAUUACAGCAAACUACCGACACGUAGUCGUAUUAAGAAGCGUCCAACUGAGACUUUCCUGCUGCCAGAAGUGUAUUUAUACAUAUAGAAGAGGUUGCACACAUUCUCCACGCAAGGUAUGAAGAGGAAGGAGCAAUAUGAUGAAAGGAGAAAAUGAGAAAAGGAGGAGGCGAUUGACGAGGAAAGGGCGACUAGUCACGCGACGUAACAUGGUCCCAGUUCGAACGGGAGGCAGGACCCACUAGUUGUAAUUAUAGUUAUCUUCGCGAUGUUCUCGGAACGCUUUGCUUCAAGUCCUCCUCGAGCUUACCAAGAAAUAAGAGGGAGACGGUGCGAAUCGCCAUAGGACGAGACAAAACGAUACGGUGAAAGGUAGAUCAACGAAGAAAGACGAUGAGAAAUCGGAAAAAGAGGGGAGGUAGAGGGCAUCGGGCCGAGGAUGAAAGUUACACAUAUAUAUAGAGGGAGAAAGAAUUCAGAUCGCAGAAGUGUAGUCGCAGUUCUCAGUUCCAGACAAUUGCGAGUGAGAUCUAUCGGAGUGUGCAAAUUUUCAACUAAAGUAGAAUACUUCUUAUCUAGAAUCUCAUUUAGUUGUAAGAAAGAACUGAAAAAAUGAGAAGAUGUAUUUUACUGUUAUUUUGUAUGCAUCUUGCUUUUGCUACGAUAAGCAGACACCAUAGAGAUAGUGGAUUUCUGAAUCACGUGCAAUUGGUACAUGAAUUUCGGUGUUCCAUUCCUCAACCAAGGGCUGUUCCAGUGGCAGAGCUUCUAACUGUUGGUCCUAGUCCCGACGAAGUUUUUUAUCCCGCUUCGACAGUUCUAACACGUUGUGAUGGAGCUGGAUGCUGCCCGGACCCUAAACAAAUUUGUGCACCUAUCGAAACCAGAAAUGUUAGCCUUGUUUUUAUGGUCAAACAUACAAUUGAUCGACAACGUGACAGACAUCACGAAGUGAUACAUGCUUUGGAACAUAUCAAGUGUGGGUGUGUCGAGAAAAAAAUUAUAGAGUUUGAUUAA